AUGAGGGCCUUUGUCAUUGUUUUGGCGAUUGGUUUGUCGGCCUUUUUUUCUUUUAAUAUCACCAACGCCAUUCCUCAAACGAUUAAAAGAAAGCAGAAUUUGAGAAUAUCUGAUGGCGAAAAUCGUUUCUUGUUCUAUGUAUCACCUCCGCAGGCCACUGUGGCAGAUCAUCUUGGUUGCAAUGACUACGUCAUGAUUACUUGGAACCUGAUAGGCUAUUUUCCGCUGUCCGAAAUAGGCCAAAUCUCAUAUUAUGAGGUAUUUAUCGCACCAAAGCGCGAGCUUUCUGAUUCUUCGGCCUGGAAAUUAAUUUUACCGCGUUUCCCAAUAAUUAUUGAAGAGCUUCCAGGAGAUACGCAACGUAAAUCUGAUCAAACCGACGAUGAUGAUAGUGUGAACGCAGCAAACAUAUAUUUCCUAUUCCGAGAUAAAAUUGCGUUUUACCCCUGGUCUGAUACAUCAUUACUGGCGGUCGAGUCUCCUCUGGUUGUCCUUGUAAAGAUACAUUUAAAUUCAUCUGAUGAUGGAGAUUACAGUAACAACUUUGGAGACAGCUCCAUUGUUGGAAUUUCAGAUGCAUUCUCCUUUCCCAACUGCUUUGUAGAUCCAAAUGUAAUGCCCUAG